AUGGUAAAGAUUAGGCAAGUAAACUUUCUGAUGCAUUAUGGGCAUAUAACAGCCUAUAAAAAUCCUAUGGGAAUGUCUCCAUAUAGAUUGAUUUUUGGUAAAGCUUUUCACUUACUAGUUGAAAUUGAACAUAGAGCUUAUUGGGCUAUCAAAAAGCUAAAUUUAUCUUUAGAUGAUGUAGGGAAAAAAAUGAUUCUACAAAUUUAGGAGCUACAAGAAUUACGAAAUGAGGCUCACAAAAAUUCAGUGAUUUAUAAAGAUAAACUUAAAACUUUUCAUGAUAGGUACUUGAAUUGUAAGUUAUUAUUUGAAAAUCAGAAAGUUUGGCUAUACAACUCACGUCUGAAAUUAUUUAUAGGAAAACUUAAAUCAAGGUGGGAUAGACCUUUCAUUGUUAUAAAAUUAUUUAAUUGUGGUGCAGUUUUAAUUGCAAAUCCUAAGACAGGUCAGCAGCUUAAAGUGAAUGAGGAAAGACUCAAACCAUACAUGGAGCACGAGCAACAUCCUCUAGACAAUUCUCUUCAACUGUAA